AUGCAUUUGCUGCGGGGACUUGCGCUCUCGCUGCUAGCAGGUACUGCUCUAGCCAACCCUAGCCGCCAUAGUGGAAAGGACCAUGCAGUCAAGCAGGCCCGUGGCUCCGGAUAUGCCAUGAAGCAACCUCCACUGACAACCCCAUGGACGGAUGAUGUGGGUACGGACCCGUGGCCCGAGUAUCCGCGCCCCCAAAUGCAACGCUCUCAAUGGAAGAAUCUCAAUGGCAUUUGGCAGUAUCAGAAUGCCUCAAGCCUUAAUGAUGUGGAGAACCCACCAUUUGGACAGAACCUGGGACAGGAAGUAUUGGUUCCAUCGUGCCUUGAGAGUGGCCUGUCCGGUAUCCAAGGGGAGUACAAUCUAUACUCAUGGUAUUCCAACUCAUUCAAAGUCCCUACAGAUUGGGCAGGGCAGCAAAUUCUUUUGAACUUUGAAGCUGUUGACUACGAAGCCACUGUAUUUGUCAAUGGAAAGAAGGUCGGAUUCCAUCGUGGAGGGUACUUCAGAUUCACUAUGGAUGUUACCCGAUUUGUGAAGGCUGGCCAUGAAAAUGAAUUGCUUGUCUUUGUGCACGAUCCCACUGAUUCUGAGGGCUAUGUGAUCCCCAUCGGGAAGCAGACUCUCCAUCCGAGUCACAUCUUCUAUACUCCCUGCAGUGGCAUCUGGCAGCCGGUCUGGCUCGAGAGUGCCCCGGAGAACCAUAUCACUAGAUUGGACCUCGAUGCUAACAUGCACGGUAUAGUCAACAUGACUGUGCAUACAUCGGUUGCAAACACCACUAGCAAUGUCCAAGUUAUUGUCCAUGACAACGGAAAGACGAUCAAAACCCACAGUGGACCAUCCAACCAGCCAUUCCAGUUCAAUGUUGAUUCGCCGGAUCUCUGGUCUCCGGACUCACCAAAGCUUUAUAAGGUGACCGUCAAACUGGGCAAAGACGUAGUCCAGAGCUAUACUGGAUUCCGAACUAUCUCCAAGGGUACUGUCAAUGGCGUUGUCCGACCGCUAUUGAACGGCAAGUCUAUCUUCAUGUUCGGCACCCUGGAUCAGGGUUUCUGGCCAGAUGGCAUCUACACUCCGCCAACUAAGGAGGCCAUGGUGUAUGAUCUGAAAUUGUUGAAAAACUUGGGAUUCAACGCGGUUCGCAAGCAUAUCAAAGUCGAAAACGAACUAUUCUACCAGGCAUGCGAUGAGCUGGGAAUCCUUGUUAUCCAAGACAUGCCUGCCAUGCUUUCUCUGCCUAAUGCUGCGCAGCAAGCAGAGUUUCAACGCCAACUGGAGCUGCUUGUCAAUCAGCACAAGAGCUUCACUAGCAUUGUGACUUGGGUAAUCUAUAACGAGGGCUGGGGCCAGAUAACUAGCUAUUACCCAGAGUUCGGUCUGACCGAUCUAGUUCGGGAGCUGGACCCGACCCGUCUUGUGGAUACCACCACUGGUUGGUACGACCACGGUGCUGGUGACUUCAGCGAUAACCACCACUACGCGAACCCACAAUGCGGUACUCCAUUCUACUCCAUUAACUCUAGCCCCUUCGAUCCCACCCGCAUCGGCUUCCAGGGCGAAUUCGGUGGUCUUGGAAGCAACGUCUCCAUUGAACAUCUCUGGAACAACCAAGCGUCCAUCAACACCAUCAACCAAACUUACGAGAUUGACCAAACCCUCGAUGCCUGGAAUUAUCGGUCUCACCUCCUGCUUAGCGAGCUGCAGGAUCAAGUUCGCCGAUUCUCCUGCAACGGCGGGAUCUGGACUCAGACGACGGAUGUUGAGGGUGAAGUCAACGGCCUGAUGACAUAUGACCGCCGCCUUAAGCGUGUCGAUGAGAAGCAAUGGCAGGCAGACAUUCAGGGUCUCUAUGAUGCUGCUUCUGCGCGCAGCAAUUAG